GCUUUUUGGUUCUCUCGAAAAACUUAUGUAUGAUGUUACAAUCAUCGGAACAGUUCGUAAUGGAGGAUCGCAAUCCUAUCGCGGUUACGGUGAAUGAUAAUAAUGGAGUUAAUGCUACUGACAGAUCGACCGAGAGCCCCGUGGAUAUGGCAGCUCAAAUGAAAAACUUUCCAGCGACCACUGGGCUCGCAUAUGUCUUCGAGGAAUAUGUCCAACCUUGUCUUAUGGAAGGUUUUGGUGUUUGGCUUUUUGUCUUUAUUGGUACUUUAGCAGUUGGGAACAUGUUUGCAAUCUGUGUAGCCGUUGCGCAUGGGUUUGUGAUAGCACUGCUGGUGGCUGGGUUUGGAAAUAUAAG